CCUCCGAACAGAGCAGUGAGCACUGUCGUUACAUCUCGUUCGUUUCUAUCGGAGAGAUUAUGUUUAUCGCCUAGUCACAUCAUUCGGCACUAAGAGACAUCGUCACGGAAUCCUCGAACAUUAAAAUACGGGUACAGUGCAAUAUGAAAGGCGGAAGAAGAGGUUCGAGUUCAGCUGUUGUAACAUAUUGUUCUCUUUCAGGUCAGUAAAACAUAUUUCGAGAACGUGGAUUCGAGUACACUUCAAAGGCUUCACUCUUACGAACCUGGGACCUGAACCGAAGAUUCGGCACAUGUGUUCUACAGAUUUACAGAACACCGAAACACAUAAAUAUGCAUCCGCAAUACAUCAAACCCUCUAUGCCCCCACUGUACCUUUCGUCUCUCCGCUUUCUUCACCCCCGAUCUAUAACUCUCCCCGCGGUUGUAGGCGGUGUCCUGGGCUUGACGAGGCAUUCUUCUUCAUCAAUAUGUCCCAACGCAUUGCGCCAAGGCGAGCGAGCGGUACCAGGAUCCUCACACAAAGAAGCAAACUCACCUCUCGACAUCUUCGCAUUGAUCAUCGGUAUCAACGAAUACCAACAUUUUGAACACCUGAAGGGUGCAGUUCCCGACGCCAAUGCAAUCGCAGACUUGUUGCGCAAGGACUUGAAGGUUCCUACUGAGCGCAUCAAACUGCUCACCGACGAAUAUGCGACAGGAUCAGCUAUCCUGGAAGAAUUGAGGGCCUUCAAGGACAACAAACAGAUCGUCAAGGACAAGACUGCAAUCUUGAUAUACUUUGCGGGGCACGGCAGCAGGGUUAAGGCGCCCAACAAUUGGCCAGGCUGGAAGACCGACGACGGCUACAUAGAGUUGCUGUGCCCUGUCGAUGGCGAGAAGGGAGUUCCUGAUUCGGCCUGUGGCGGCGAAUUAGUGAAGGGAGAAUGUAUUUCUGAUCAGAGGAUUAGUGACAUUCUCCGGAAGUUGUCGGAUGCAAAAGGGAAUAACAUUACAUUGAUAUGUGACUGCUGCCAUUCCGCAGGAUUGAACAGAGGAGAUGAUUCCGACUCGGACGAUUUGGACUCCAACGAGUCGGAUCCAAGCGAGCUAGUGCGCGGAGUGGACGAUAUCGAGAGUAAUCCUACCCAGUGCGACACUCAGCCCAUCUUACCUGAAUGCGGCAACGGUGAAACGAGAGAGGGAUACCCGAAUGUCAAAGUCCCGAGCCGCGAAGGCUUUCGUGCAUCGUGGGACUCGCAUGUAUUUCUAGCAGCAUGCUUGUCAGAUCAGAAGGCGCGAGAGACAUCGGAGGGAGGCAAGUUUACCACGGCUCUGCUCAAGGUCCUGAAAGGAACAUAUCAAGGGCAUAUUCACACCCACCUGACAUACAGGGCGCUUGCGAGUAAAGUCGUUGCUGAAAUGCUAAACAUGGGAUCGCAACAGACCCCAUUCAUAUAUGGGAAGCAUAUUCAUCGAUGCAUAUUCACGCGCUCCGGAGAAGCGGUUUCCCGCCCCAUGAUCCCGUGCUACAACGUGAAGUCCACAAACAAGGGAAUUCAAGAAUUUUACCUUCGUGCCGGGCACAGUGUUAGUGUCCUUGAGGAUUCCAUAUACGACAUUUACGACACCGACUUACCAACACCACAGUCGCGUCCAUUGAUAAUGGCGAAGAUCUCUUCCAUAAAUAGCACAGCUAGGCUUGAAGUCAUCUCGGCCAUUCGACAGGGCGACUACGCUGGCGUAUUAUAUGCUCGAUUAUCGAAGUAUCCUGUCGCCGACUUGCUCGUCUAUUGCAAUCCAGAAAAAAUUGAUCUCUUCUCAUCAUUUAAUGAGCUCAGAUAUCCUUUCCGCCAUAUCGAUCGCCAAGACGAGGCGGACAUUUGCUUAGAGGUUGAUGCUGGAGCCGGAAACAAAGUUUCCAUUAGUCGAGGGAAUACGAACACGUAUUUCGUGAAAAACACAUACUGCUUCGAUGAAAUGGAGGGAAAUGAUAUUUUCAAGCAGGCUCAACGUGAAGGCUUUCCUACACACUUCUCAUAUAAACCUCUCGCCAGUAACAUUGAUGGUAUCAAGCAAUUUAUUGACGCCUAUGCGCAUUUCACCUACCACUUGACAUCUGGUAGUCCAAGGAAAAUAGAAGAUCUCGUCUCCGUCGAAAUGCACAAACUCAAACGGAACGGGGAUAAUCUAGAUGUCAUCGGAGGUGAUCUUCUCUCCAUUCUCAACUCACAGGACUCCCAGACUCGGAGGGAGUUCGUCGAGGUUGCUGGGGAUCUCGACCUGUAUAAUGCCCGCGACAAUAACGAUGCUCCACGAUAUGGGUUGACGAUCCGUAGAAAAUCCAUAUCCAGCCAGGUUGGAACACUAUACUAGGGCUUCGCACCGUACCGUAUACGGUAUACGGCCGUAUAGCCACGGUACAGUGACGGGCGACGGCUGGUCCGU